UUGAAAAUAAUACUACCAUUAUUAAUUCAUUAACUUAGGACUUAAUGAAAGAAACCAAACUUUUCUAGGCAAUGAAUUUCCCAACUUUAAUAAAAUCCGUGGUGAAAGCUUUGGGACAAGAAAAGUUUCCCCAAUAAGGGGAGAUGUCCUGAGCAGUGGUGAGUAACAAAAAGGACUCAACAGAAAUCCCCUUCGAGUGACUCACUCACAGGAUUUGAGUGUGCAGACCAGCUUUCACUCAUGUGUGCUCGGCUUUUCAUUUGGACGCUUGGAAUGGAGUCCAAAGUUUUUGCCAACGACAGUUCAUUACGGUUUUCAAGGAUAAGCGAUACCUACGUGCUCGCCGGAUAGAGCGCAUGAAUAAAACGCACCAAAGUACAUCUGCGUAUUUCCUACCGUCUUUAUGAAAUAGUUCGAGUACAUUAUCUUUUUUUUUUUGUGGUGUGUACAAAUGUGUUAAUAAAAAAUCAGGCAAAAACUUGUAAACGCCUGGUUAAAGAAAUAUUUUUUUACAACAUUUUUUUUUUGUUGUUGCUAACUUAAUGCAAACGUGCCAGUGGAUUUUGUACAAAUGUGACUUGUGCCAACAGAGCAAGGGAUUUACUAAUCGCCGCAAUUCCGACCAGGUAUUUUGAAUGGUAGACAGGCCAACACAUCGCUGCACAUGGUAAGUGAAAGCAAAGAUAGAAAAAAGAGCUGUCAAACUGUAUAAAUAUUUAAGGAACCAAUUAAUUGCUGAACCUUAUCAAAAAUUCCAAUAAAAAGUUAAUCAAAUAAUAUAAAUAAUUUAAUGUAAUCUACAUUGUUGAGUUUCAACGAGUAUUCCAAGAACUGGACUAUUACGUUUACGUUCGUUAGAUUUUGAAAAUAAAAACAGCGCCAUGGGCCAAAAAGUUAAUCUUGUUGCCAGAAAUAUAUAUCAUUUUCGAUGGCUGUAUAGACGGGAAGCUUAAAUUCUGGUAGCGGAGACGAACUCGAAAUGAAAUAAGAAAUAAUGCCGCUGGCAAGUGUCCCAAAAUAUCAAAUUCCCUGCUACUCACUGUUCUGAUGCCAAAUAUAUAUUGCCCAUCGUUGGAAGCGAUUUUUAUAAUUGACAAAAUAUAAUAUUUACCGCAAAGUAAAUUCCAAUUUUCAACGCCUUAAUGUUAGCUUUUGGUUUAUAUUAUUCUGUGUUUAUGUUUUUAUUUCGCGACAAUAUUUAUUUGUUUAAAGACAUUGCAAUUGAAAGCGGGCAAUUUCCACAAGGCAAACACAUAUGUGGCUUUCAGAGCCAGCAGUUUUAAAAGCAUAAAAUUAUUCAUACUUCAUACUACUAAAUCCGGGUCAUGUCGCACGGGGCAUUUUUUCGUUAUUGUAUUUGUUUUGUUUUGCAUGCCUUGAGCCAAGAAUUAAUAGUUCUCCUCCCAUUAUUUGAAUAGUUGAGUCCCAUGGGCCUAGAGAUGCUGAUCAAAACCAUUGUUCGAGGGCCUUUAACGUCUCCCUCACAACCUUCUAAGCCAAACCUAUAGCCUGCCAUUAAACUGGGUCACACAAAUUCACAAUAUCUUACUCGGGUUUAAUAAAGCUUUAAGAUGUUUGGUCAGGUUAUUGGGUUUAAAAGUGCUUUUUUGUUAUCCAUCGGCCACUUGGAAAAACCAACAAGAAAAGAAAUAAAAUUGUAGUAACAUAAUAAAUUUGAGGGCAGAUUUUUGUAGAUAUAAAUGUAUCAAGUUAUGUGCGCUGGAGCUUAGGCAUUAGGUCACUUUUUCCAAACUUCCAAAUUACUGACAUAAAACAGCACAGACAAAUUAAAGUUUAUCGUAAUAUGUCUGCAUUUGUCAUAAUAAUUGUAGGAGUAAGGACAAAGAAAUGAUUUUCUCAACAAUUAAUUCAAUUAUUCAUGAUAUGCUUUAAUUUACAUGUGGGUAGAAUAUCUUAAGCAAAUGAUUUCCCAUGAAUACUUUACAACGUUCUCUUGCAGUAAUUUAAAUGGUAAAGAAAAGAGGGAAAUUGUCGCCCAGCGAUCGACAAGAUUCGGUGCCAGAAAGCAGCUGAGUUUUCUCGGAACUAAGAUGAAGGUUACUGAUUUCUCUCGAGCACAAUCCGUAAGUCACGUCGCCCCGUGCAAAGGAUGAGGCUUCCAAAAGGAUAUAGGACACUAUCACCAGCAUCGAACGCUGCCCAGACGCUGCCACUCUCCUACAAUUCACAAACCAGUCCCAGUCUGAGCCUUCUUCGACUGCUCACAAUUGUCUUGGUGAUUGGAUCGCAAGUUCAUGUUCUAUACACGGCAUCCGUCGAAACAAAACCCCCCUCCGCAAGUGAACAAUCCAGAAACGGCGAGAAUCGUACAUUACUUUUUGAUGACUAUAAUAAAACUAAAUCGACAUUAUCAACUGCUGAUUACCUGUCAGCCACAAGGGCAACCCUAUACGCGUUUUCAUCGCAGUACCAGGACGAGGACCAUUCCCAAAUGCCAGUCGAGGCGUCUAACACUCCGCACAGUCCCAUUCCCACGAAAAUGAGCCGGGAUAAAAUUCCAAUGGAGACACCGGGCAGCAUGGAGUUAAGCAGCAAUAGCCUUCCAAUCAAAAAUUUGGGGACAACUGAUCAGCUAACGACUGCGACCAUGCCCACCACAGCAUUUGCAUCCCUGAAAGUCGACAGGAGUACCAUGAAACAGCCAAUCGAUUCCACGCGCACCAGAAAUCAUUGGACAGCAAGUGGAUUCGCACGUGUCACAGAACGACCACGUAGCAAGCACCACCACGAGCACCACUGGGGACCCUUUUUUGAGGAGCCCAUCAACUCGGCAACCUCGGGUGACAACCUCGUUUCCGCCGUACAUUUGUUUACGGAAGCGGUGCUCAAUUGCCGUGUCGGUAUGCUUAAGGACAAAACUGUCAUGUGGGUCCGGCGAACGGCAGAGAAGGUAUCGCUCCUGACCGUUGGCAACGUGACUUACAGUGGAGACCCGAGGAUUCGGGUGAAGUUCCAGUACCCGAACAAUUGGCGGUUACUUAUCAAUCCCACGCAGACUGAAGAUGCCGGAGUUUACAUGUGCCAGGUUUCCACCCAUCCUCCCCGGGUAUUCACUACAAAUCUCACUAUCUUGGAACCCCCCCUAAGGAUAAUCGAUGAGCACGAGAGGGACGUGGGGGAUCGUUAUUAUAAGUCAGGAAGCACCGUCGAUCUACAAUGCCAAAUAUCGCGUAGCUUUUUCCAAAAAGAACGUCAAACCAUUCUAAAAUCAACUGAAUCUGCAAACGAUGCUGUACAAAAACUAAUCAAUGAGACGACUAGUGAGCUUAAUUUAAUUGGCAACACAAAUCAGACGCAGCACAAAUUCUCUGGCCAGGAUCUGGAGAAAUACUUCACCAAGUUUAUAACCUGGGCAAAGGACGAAGAACCGCUCCAAGGAAUGACCAAUAGGCGCUUAAGCGUUUCCGAUGUGUGGCUAACCAGUCGUAUCUCCAUUGGGGAUGCCAAACUAUCAGAUAGUGGCAACUAUUCCUGUUCUCUUGGCAGACUGUUUACCGUGAUUGUCCAAGUUCAAGUUCUCACAGGUGAACUACCCGCAGCAGUCCAGCAUAAUAUAGCAUCAAGAACCGAAAUCUAUUCCCUUGCGAUGUUGGGACAACUCCUAGUACUCAUUUUCCUCUUCACUUGCCUGAAAACUGAGAGUCGACAUUUCUGAGGCUUUCAUCUGAGAAGGGACUGCGAAAAACACAUAGCCAUUCGAUUUUCACAAACAAUUAACCAAUAAUAUUAGGUAUAAACGAGAUUGGCUGGUUCUAAACAAUGGUUUUAGGUUUAAAAUUGAGAAUCAGAAGGUGAUUUCCUUAAAUAUUUUUGUUAUAGUGCCUACGGUGGAAAAGACUUUAAAUUUGUUUGGACAAAUGUUCUUAAAAAUUUGUUUAGAAUUGAAUUAAUAAGGCCAAAAGACGACACAAUAACAUUCCACAUUCCUAAGAACCAAAACCCAACGGUUUAAAAAAAAAGAAGUUCGUCGAACUUUUAUUCUAGUUAAUUUAGUAAUGAUGUUAAAAUCUCGCACACAUGUUAUGAUGCCUCUUAAAGAGUUAGGAAACUGGCGAGGAUAGCAAAAUGUUUAGUUUUACUUUUAUGUGACGAUUAAAAAUUGAUCGAAGUUAUUAUGUGCAUAAAUUAAGUUUCAACAACUAAGCAGGCAAAUCAAAUGUAUCAUACGUUAUUAUUAUGUUAUACCACUUAUUCACAGGAUAACAAGUAUUUUCAAGAAAACAACGAUCUAAUUAAAA